GCAGUUAGUUCUCCUCGACUGCAAGAAUAAUAAUGGUGCGUCCUUCGUAAAUCGUGUUGCGGAUUCUAGAAAAUAGGGCACUGGUACCCAAACUAUGGGUAUAUUUAGUUGUGAUUUAUUCGAAUUCUAAGAACAAGAAACUGAUUUUCAACUAGUAUUAAUUUUUACAACAAAAUGACAGACGUUAACAUCGACCACAUGAUGAUUCCAUUCUUUUUAUUAUUAUUCUUGACUUGUACUCAAAGUACGAUCAUAAACGAUCGCCUCGAUUAUCGCAAAAUGAAUCUUACGUCCGUUUCUUGCGAAAACAUUAAAGAAAACGAAGCUAAAUCGAUUACAAAACUGAUUUUUUCGCACAACAUAAUCGAGUACCUGCAACAAAGUGAUUUCGAAUGUUUGGAGUCGUAUCCAAACGUGGGGUAUCUAUUUUUGGACAAUAACAAAAUAGAAAAAAUUUACAAAGACGGGUUUUCGAAUUUACCCAAUCUAAAAUACAUCGAUUUGAGUCAUAACCAAUUGACCAAUAUUAAUGAUGACCUUUUAAAUGAUCUUUUAAAGUUACGAUUAUUAACGUAUAUUAAUUUAAAACGAAAUCCACUUGGUGAUUUCAAAAAUAUUUAUGAAUUAAUUAAUGGUGGGAUUGAUGUUGAUUUUGAUGGUAUGGCUAAGAUUAAUCGAGAAAGGAGGGAAGAUCAUGAAAUAUUAGAUCAUGAUCACGAAAAUAAGACUUCAACAGAUAAACCAAGAAAAGCGUUCGUUGUUGAUAACAAACCGAUCCAAAAUCUCAAUAAUGGUGAGAAUCAAAUGGAGUCGAAAUUUCUUAAUUCGAUUAUUUUUAAUUUUGUCGCCGCCGGUUUGGUCCUUUUAGUUUUACCAGUUGGUAUGAUUAUUUACUAUUUGAUCAAUAAAAAUAAACCGAUUUAUUUAUGACAACAGUAUGAAUCCGUAGAGUAAGAUUUUUAGCUUUAAAAAUGAUACGUUUUUUUUUAUGCCGUUCUUGACGCAAUUAUAAAAGCUACAAGACUGAGAAUGUGCGCUUUUUUUCAAAAUACAAUUAUUACAGAUACAAAAAUAUAUAAAUUUUUAGUAAAUACAAGUGAUUCAAAAAUUUAAUACGACAUAUUAGAUUUAACAUUUGCGUGUUUUAGAAAUACCUUUCAAACGAAUCACUUUGUAUGUAGCUAUUUUGAUAAAUAAAUUCUAAAUAUUCUAUUAUACCAGUGAUUCCUAUAAUAAAUAAAAACUUGACGAAUACAGAGUCGAGACGUGCCUGAGGCGGGUCCUAAAUAUUUUUCGUGGUGCGAUUUAAAAAAAGUGCAGCUUUCAACAGAUAUUUUAAGCUAUUAAAAGGUUGUACUAUAAAUCUAUAAAAGCGCAUAAUUGUCGUGUAACCCAGAAUUGGAAUAAAAAAGAAGUAUUUUUUAUAUAAAUUAAAUUAAUAACCCAAGUGUUUUACUACUUAUAACAUUGCCAUUUAGGAAUAUUCGACUAACCUAUUCAAAUAAACCAAUCUUAUUAAUAAAAUGAAUUUCGAUACGUACGUGUUUCUUGUAGUGAAGUAAAAGACGAAAAUGUUUUUAAUACGCGCCAUUAUGGUUGGGUAAGAUAGGUCGGUUAGUUUUGCAAUACCGUUUUAUAAUAUAGUUAUAGAAGUGACACAAUUAUUGUAAAUUAAUAAAUAAAUAAGUGCUUUAUUUAUUAUUAAAUAAAUCAGGUUAUAUUAACUGUAAAA